UUUACCCCUUCCCAUCGAAUCAAAUUGUAGCUUGUGGGUGGAUCUGGGGUGGCAAAGAGGAGGAGUAAGGAAGAAGGUGGCUUUUUGUUCCAGAGGAGUAAGGGAAACUUUCAGAGUUGUAGAACCUAAAACUUCAGCCUGUCCUUGCUUGAACUAGGAACAGUGUCACCAGAGUGGGUCUCUGCAUCUGUUUCCAUCAGCUGCUGUGUGAAGCCUCUCAGAUGACAUGUAUGCUAGGCUCCCGUCGCCUACUUGAUUAAGGAGCCUUUACUGAAGACCUGAGAGGAUGAGUGGUCAGACCCCACCCACACACACUCUGCUGACACAUGAAGCUUUGAUCAUGUCCUCUCUGGAGGAGUUGCCUACUGUGGUCUUCCCAGCACUAUUCAAAGAGGCCUUUGCUGGCAGACACACCAAUCUCCUAAAGGCAAUGGUGGCAGCCUGGCCUUUCCCCUGUCUCCCUGUGGGGCCAUUGAUGAAGAAGCCUAACCUAGAAACCUUGCAAGCCCUGCUAGAUGGAAUAGACAUGCGACUGACAAGAGAGUUUCACCCCAGGAGGGCAAAACUUCAGGUUCUUGACAUGAGAAAUAUGUACCAUGCCUUCUGGAACAUACGGGCUGAUGCAAAUGACAGUGACUGUAAAUCAAAGACAUUGGAUGAAAAGCAGCUAGUGAAGGUCCUUCCGAGAUAUGCACGGAGGCAGCGUCUGAAGGUCAUAGUCAACCUGUCAAUCAGUUCCCACUUCAAUAAAUCAAAGGCAUAUUUCUUGAAUUGGGCCAAGCAGAGAAUAGGAUCCCUAUAUUUCUGCUGUAUAAAGAUGAGGAUCUGGGACCCACCAGACCAAGUUAUCAGAGACAUCUUUAAUGUUUUUGAUCCAGAGCACAUCACAGAAUUAGAACUGAAUACUGACUGGACUCUGUUACAGCUUGCACAUUUUGCUUCCUACUUUGGGCACAUGAAAAAUCUUCAAAAAGUCUUCCUGGCACCACUCCACAAGAAUACAUCCCCUAUUAUCAAUAUAACAAAUGCCACAGAAGCCAAGUGUGUUCAUAAAAUUAUUUCUCAGUUUUCCCAAUUCAACUGUCUCCAGCAUAUCUUCAUGAAACACGUCCAUUUUCUAAGAGACUACAUGAAUCAGGUCCUAGGGUGCCUGAUGACACCCUUGGAGACCCUCUCCAUCACUCAAUGCCUAAUUUCACAGAGAGACUUUGAUUUAUUUUCCUGCUCCCAAAACCUCUUUAAAUUAAAACAUCUGGAAAUAAGAGGGAUGAUCUUAUAUGCUUUGGAUCUUAUGCCUCUGAGAGUUCUCCUAGAAAAAGUAGCAGACACUCUUGAGAUUCUGGAUUUUCAGUGGUGUAGGAUGAAGGACUCCCAGAUCAAUGCCCUCCUACCUGCCCUCAGUCAAUGUACUCAGCUCAACCAGAUCAACUUCUACAACAAUGACUUCUCCAUGUGCACCCUGAAGGCCCUUUUCCAGCACACAGCCAACUGGAGCAAGAUGAAUGUGGAACAAUACCCUGCCCCUCUGCAGUGCUAUAGUGAGUUGGGUCAUGUCUCUGUAGAAAGAUUUGUCCAACUUUGUCAGGAGCUCAUGUAUACUCUCAGAGCUAUAAGGCAGCCCAAGAGCAUCUCUUUUGCUACAGAUAACUGUCAAAAAUGUGGUAAGCCCUGUGUCUAUGACCAGGGCCCAAUACUUUGUUCUUGUUUUCAGUAAACAUAGAUACAGGACUUCUGGAUAUGAAUAAAUGACAGGCUUGGGACACAUCUUUUAUCUGCAGUGCUCAGAAACUGUGAUUUCAGACACUUCCCAUAUGGUUGGAAAUAAAGAGAUUUACAGUGACUGGGACCCUGAAGGUUGAGCUUAACAUUGGGACCAUUUCGAUGGAAUCUGAUAUCAGGGGGGUUGUGGGGUCAGAAAAACAGUGUGGCAUUUAUAUGUGGCUUCUGCCCAGACAGUGUAUAUAUAGAUGCUUUUUUGUGUACUCAUAAACCUAGAUGAUCUCUCUCAUGGGUCUUUGACUAUUAACAACAUCACUAUCAGGGUCAGGGUCUAGAAAGUUGAAUAGGUCCAGGAUUGGAAAGACACUGUUAUUUUAUAAAGAAAGGUAAAUUUUAGGUGAUAAAUGGCAUGUAUAAAAUGAAAGUAUUCGUGACACAUCUUUCCCUUGUCUCUUGCCUGGGCUACAUGUGUAACACUUUUGUGUGGCUGAUCAGUUAUGUGCACAAAACAUUUAAACUAAAGUGAGCAACAUAGACAAAUUCUUUGAAGGAGGAAGAAAAGUGUCACAAAUGGUUACUAUACAGUACAUUCAGACCACAAAGCACCUUGGACCCAUCAAAGAUGCCUAAAGGUAAGAAGACAACAUAGAGCAAAGCAAACAGGCUUUCCAUUCUAGCUUUGAACUCUUGAUAUUUUUGUCAUGCCUUAAUGAGUUUACUAACAGGAACCUCUAUAUGAAGUCUUCAUGACAUGUGUCUCUAGGGCCCUAUUCCUAUGGAGUCCCAAAAUCUAUGAAGUACCUAUAGUAUAUGUAAAGGUGUCCAAUAAUAUGCAGGUAACUUAUCUACAUGAAGUAUUUACUUUUAAAAAAUGUAUUUUAAGGCUUUAGUUGUAAUAAAAACAAAAGAAAAGGAUCUCCCUCUGCCUAGUCAUUAUACCCCUUUCUGUAUAGCAAACUAUCAAUAAAAUAAUUUAUUGUUACUCU